UGAUAAAUUUUGUGCGAAGAAGCAGAGUGUGUUGCAAACUAUUAUACAGAAUUUUCACUUGAAUUUUUAUUAAAACGUUUUAUCAUUAUGGAUAGUUCAAAUAGUGAAUUUAAUGAGAAACCAGCUCCACAUGAGCAUCAGCCACGUUUAAACGAAGUGGCCCAAAAGUUCUUGGCCGAUUUAGACGAGGAGCGUCAACGUUUGUCCGCCGAGUUUCCAUUGUGCGCCCUGUUGAUUGACGAAGCUGUGGAUCGUGUUUACUGUACUGGUCGUAUUCCCGGCCGUGAAUUCUAUGCAGAUGUCUACAAGCAGAAGCCCAUGAAAAUCACGCAGAAAGUGUUUGUACCUGUUAAACAGUAUCCAAAGUUCAAUUUCACUGGCAAAAUCUUGGGACCCAAAGGCAAUUCAUUGCGCCGCCUGCAGGAUGAAACACAAUGCAAGAUUGCCAUCAAAGGUCGCAGUUCGAUACGCGAUCGCAGCAAGGAGGAACAGCUGCGCAAUUCCGGGGAUCCUCGCUAUGCCCAUCUGCAGAAGGAUCUCUUCCUCGAGGUGAGCACAGUGGCAACGCCAGCCGAGUGCUAUGCUCGCAUAGCGUACGCUCUCGCCGAGAUCCGUAAGUAUCUAAUUCCAGACAAAAACGACGAAGUCUCCCACGAACAGUUGCGUGAACUGAUGGAAAUGGAUCCGGAAUCUGCCAAAAACAUACACGGGCCCAACCUGGAGGCUUACAGAUCGGUUUUCGAUAAAAAGUUCGGCGGCAGCAGCGGUGCACCGAAAUACUUGAAUCUUAUCAAGAGAACAGCGGAAAAUCCGCCCGAAGCGGAAGAGGCUGAGGAGGUGGCCUACGAAUACGAUCAUAGAAUGGCCAAGCGUGGGGCUCCAUCUGGAUAUGAAUACACCAAACCACGCCCAUCAAUAAUACCAACAAACGCAGCUGCAUAUAAACGGCCUCAGCCCUAUCAAACUGACAUGAAACGUAUGCGCGAACCGCCCAUCAAGUCUUAUAAACCCAAUACGUAUACCAUACUCAAGAAGUAUAAAUAAACGCAAGUGAUCAGAGACAAAAAAAAAAAAAAAACAAA